AGUGACGCGCCCGCCGGCGUCACAACUGCCAAACACCGCAGAAGAAGAAGAAGGAGGCUAGGGGAAAGAUGGCGGGGCAGUGUGGUUACGGAACAGAAAUACUGAACUUGAGUCGCGUUUAGAGCCCGGUACAGUUGCUCUCUGCCGGUGAGAGGAUGGCGCACCGCUACCUGCGGCUGUCCGCCGGCUGCAGGAGCUGGUUCCGGCUGCUGCCGCCCGCCGCCGCGCCGACCAGGCUGGUGAUGACGUGUUCGACCAUGGCGGGACAGGUAGAGAGUGGGCGGAGCCUGCUGAGGGACCUGCUGGGAGCGUACAGGAGACUGAGCUCCAGACCACCUAAAGGUUUUGAGAAAUAUUUUCCAGAAAAUCAGAAAACUCCGAAAAACCCUGAACCUGAAGCAGCAACCAAAGAAGCCAAACCUUCCAACGCUCAGAGAGCCUCUGGGAGGUCAGCAGCAGGUGGAGGAGGAGGAGGAGCAGCAGGUGGAGGAGGAGGAAAACGAGGAGGCCGUAGGGAGGAGUCACACUGGUACAGCCGUCUGCAGAAGGGUGACGUUCCCUGGGAUGAUAAAGAGUUUCGGAUGUACGUCCUGAGCGGAGCGGCGUUCUGGACCACCGUCACCUAUUAUUUCUUCUUCAGGGACGGAGGACGAGAGGUCACCUGGAAGGACUUUGUCAACAACUACCUGUCCAAAGGAGUGGUGGACCGGUUAGAGGUGGUCAACAAGCGUUACGUCAAAGUGGUUUUCUCUCCUGGGAAGACGCCGAUGGACGGGCAGUAUGUGUGGUUCAACAUCGGCAGUGUGGACACGUUUGAGAGGAACCUGGAGACAGCUCAGUACGAGCUCGGCAUCGAGGGAGAGAACAGGCUGCCGGUGGUUUAUUCCACCGAGAGCGACGGCACGUUCCUACUGAGCAUGCUCCCCACGGUGCUCAUCAUUGGCUUCCUGCUGUUCAUGCUGCGGCGAGGCCCAGCUGGGGCGGGACGUCCCGGCCGGGGGAUGGGCGGGCUCUUCAGCGUCAGUGAGACGACUGCAAAGAUCCUGAAAGAUGAGAUCGAUGUGAAGUUCAAAGAUGUGGCGGGCUGCGAGGAGGCCAAGCUGGAGAUCAUGGAGUUCGUCAACUUCUUGAAGAACCCCAAACAGUACCAGGACCUGGGUGCCAAGAUCCCCAAGGGAGCCAUCUUGACGGGUCCUCCAGGAACAGGAAAGACUCUUUUGGCCAAAGCGACGGCCGGUGAGGCCGACGUACCGUUCAUCACCGUCAACGGCUCCGAGUUCCUGGAGAUGUUUGUGGGCGUCGGCCCCGCCAGGGUGAGAGAUCUGUUCGUCAUGGCGAGGAAGAACGCUCCCUGCAUCCUCUUCAUCGACGAGAUCGAUGCUGUGGGACGGAAACGAGGACGAGGAAACUUUGGAGGACAGAGCGAGCAGGAGAACACACUGAACCAGCUGCUGGUGGAGAUGGACGGGUUCAACACGGCCACCAACGUUGUGGUUCUAGCAGGAACCAACAGACCGGACAUCCUGGACCCGGCUCUGAUGAGACCUGGACGCUUCGACAGACAGAUCUACAUCGGUCAUCCUGAUAUUAAAGGUCGAGCGUCCAUCUUUAAAGUUCACCUGCGUCCUCUGAAGCUGGAGGUCGACUUGGACAAAGACGCUCUGGCCAGGAAGAUGGCCGCCCUCACACCUGGAUUCUCAGGUGCCGACAUCGCUAACGUUUGUAACGAGGCGGCUCUGAUCGCCGCUCGCCACCUGUCGGACGCCAUCAACCAGAAACACUUUGAACAGGCCAUCGAGAGAGUCAUCGGAGGUCUGGAGAAGAAGACUCAGGUCCUGCAGCCGGAGGAGAAGAAGACGGUGGCGUAUCACGAGGCGGGUCACGCCGUCGCCGGAUGGUUCCUGGAGCACGCCGACCCGCUUCUAAAGGUGUCCAUCAUCCCCAGAGGGAAGGGUCUGGGUUACGCCCAGUACCUGCCUAAAGAGCAGUACCUGUACACCAAAGAGCAGCUGCUGGACCGGAUGUGUAUGACUCUGGGAGGUCGAGUCUCCGAGGAGAUCUUCUUCGGGCAGAUCACCACUGGAGCUCAGGACGACCUCCGAAAGGUCACCCAGAGCGCCUACGCACAGAUCGUUCAGUUUGGGAUGAAUGCGAAGGUGGGUCAGGUUUCCUUUGACCUCCCCCGGCAAGGUGAGAUGGUUCUGGAGAAACCGUACAGCGAAGCUACGGCUCGUCUCAUCGACACCGAGGUUCGAAUCCUCAUAAGCGAGGCGUACCAGAGAACCCACCAACUGCUGAGCGACAAGAAGGCCGACGUGGAGAAGGUGGCACUCCGGCUGCUGGAGAAGGAGGUUCUGGAUAAGAACGACAUGGUGGAGCUGCUAGGCAAACGUCCGUUCGCAGAGAAGGCGACGUACGAGGACUUUGUCGAGGGAACCGGAGGCAUGGAUGAGGACACAACGCUGCCGGAGGGUCUGAAGAACUGGAACCAGGAGAGGAAGGACAAGGAGGAGAGCCAGGACGAGCAGGUGGCCCGCCAGAUCUCUGGAGGAAUGCCUUUCUAGAACCUUGUGAUGGACGGCUGAACACUCAAAUACUGACCCAUCACUCUCACGUGUCAAAAAUAUCGUCUCUCUGGAGUUCUGCAAUCACAAUCACUCACGAGGUCUAGAACCUUCUCACUGACUUCCAGAAUAAACAUCAAGAGCUCUGCACCUGCUCCUAGAACCUUUUCUCUGCACCAAACACCAAAUCUUCACCCUAUGAAGUUCUUAAACAUUCUGUUGGAUGUCUGGGUUCUACCACUAUCCUAAAUCUCGGCAAGCCCUCCCACAUGUGUCUAGAACCUUGCUUACGAUCACCUUGUCACCAUCUUCGAGGUCUAGAACCCUCUCUCUGACUUUCGAGAACUCUGAAUGCUCCUAGAACCUUCUCUCUGCAGUUCUGCACUCACGUUCCUGUAACACCAAACCUUCUCCUUAUAGUUCUAGAACCUUUACUCAAGCUCUGACCUUAUGGAACCUUAUAUGGAGGGAACUCAGAACAGAAAUGUUCUAGAGUUCUAGAAUUGUAACGUCUGUGGUAGAACCCUCCUAUGUGUCGAGGUCGAGAGCACUCACUCCAGUAUGGGGUUCUAGAACGCUCAAAUACAUACAUGUACUUCUAAGCCCUUCUUUAUGAGGAAGGAGCAGCUUAUGUGACAUUAAACCUCCCGACUACAUCCUCCAGAACUUAUUCACUGAGUUCCAAAACAUUUCUGUGUAGGGAACUCUGUAUAGAACAACAGUUAGAACCGCUCUAUAUGUGUUCUACAAUCAACUUCUGUAACAACAACUUAUCCUCAUAAUAUAGAACCAGUCUUGACUUAAAGAGUAUUUCCCUACAAAGAACUGUUCUCUGCAUAGAACUCUUAACAACAGUGUUAGAACUAUUUUCUUUGUUGGGUUCUGCAAUCCCUUUCUAACUCAGUGUUCUACAUCACACACACAUAAAAUGUUCCCUCCCCUGAGGUCUAGAAUCUGCAGCUCUAAAACCGUCACUCUACAAUCAACUUCUGUUACAACAAACCUUUAAUCAUAAACUAGAACCAGUCUGACCUGACAUUUCUCUUCAAAGAACUGAUGUCUGCAUAGAACUCUAGAGCCGUUCUCUGCUCUAGAAAACUUGCUCCACUGCAGGGUUCUGACACACAACCUACUCGCUUUAGAACAUGUAGAACCCCACCUCUGUCCUCUAGAACCCAAACAACCAUUCUAGAAGUGUUCUCUAUAUUGGGAUUUGAUCUCCAAAUCUUCCAAAGCAGGGUUCUAGGUCAUUCACAUCAGACACAGACUUCUAGAAAGUUCUCUACCUGAUGUUCUACAAUCAACUUCAGUUACAACACAUCUUAUCAUCAUAAACUAGAACCAGUUCUGACUUAAAGAACCCUGUCAUUGAGUACUGGAACAUUUCUCUACAAAGAAGUGUUCUCUGCAUACAACGAUAGAACCGUUCUCUGCUCUUGGAGCCUUACUCCAUUGCAGGGUUCUACAUCAAACAUACUUGAGAAACUUUUACUUCAACUCCGACCUGUAGAAAAGUUAAAGAGCAUUUCUGCAUAUGUAGAAAUCCUGUUUAGGGUUCUAUAUCCGGACUCUGCAGCAGCCGGUUCCUCGCCUCCGGCCGAACUGUUUGACUCUGUUCUCUGGUUCCAGCAGAUGACGGACAGAACGGUACUGGAGCAGUUCUUACAGUUGAUCCUUCAAUAGAACAAAAUACUCAGCGACUCUGAACCCUGACGUUAUCGGGUGUCGACUCGGCGAGUUCUCCUUAGAACCCGCAGCUCUCAGCAGAACCACCUGCUGAUUGAUAAACACCCGUGGAGUUCUGCUGUUAAAAAAUGAUGAUGGUGAAAAGAAUAAAACUUGCAGUCUGUAUCGUCAUCACUUAUUUAUCGACAGUUAUUGAUUCUGAAAAUAUUGAUGAUGGGUUUUUUUUCAUCGUCACCCAGAACUGAAUGAAAUGAAUGUUCUGGAAGAUUUGGAGACUCUGGUUCCCUCCGAGAUCUUCAUCAUCACCAUGGUAACCGCGCUGUAGUUUGAGAGUGAACUGAAGUGUUAGCUUAAAGCUAACAGACAACACGGAGCUGCUGUAGAGGAAUGCUAAUAUAAAAGCUAAUAUUAGCAUGUGGAGGACUGAAGCGGCUCAGGCUCAAGCGUUCUCAGAGAGCAGUUCAGAGCUGAUCAGGUAUUGAUUCGUUAUUGCUAACAUGCUGUAUAAUGUGUGCAGCUCGUGCUAACGUGCAGCUGAGUGUCUGCUGUCACUGUAGACGUGUAAUAUGAUGUGUAAAAAUAAUAAUGUGUAAAUGUGUCUGUUUCAUGAUUCAAAUGUUUAAUUAAAGUCAGAAAAACUCAAA